AAAGUGCCUAUAAGAAAGCGGGCGGUAAGAUAGUGGGCGGUCAGACUGCCAGUGCGUCCGACUGGCCCUGGAUGGCCAACAUUAACAUCGAGGUCAUAGUUAAUGGUCAACCCUUCCCUCUCAUGUCUUGUGGCGGAUCUAUUAUCAACGAGAAUUGGAUUCUUACAGCAGCUCAUUGCGUGCACACGAGUAAAGAUCCUAGAUUAUACUUUAUAUAUCUAGGUUAUAACAAUCUCGAUAUUAAAACUAAAAAUUCAUUGAGAUUAUCCGCCUCUAAGAUUAUCGCACAUCAAGACUUUGAUUAUGACAAACAGAUCAACGAUAUAGCGGUCAUUAAAUUAAAUGAAACGUUAGAUUUUAAAUUAAAACACAAAUUCUUGCGACCCGUUUGCAUACCGGACCUCAUAAACAAACCGACAGAUAAUUGUGUGGCCACUGGUUAUGGAUCUCAAAGCAAAUAUAUGGAGAGGAAUAUAUGCGCCGGUGGUAACAGUGCCGGAGGUUUGGGCACAUGUGUCGGCGAUUCUGGUGGUCCUCUUCAGUGUUAUUCCCAUUCUGAGGGCAAAUGUUCAAUACAAGGUUUAGAAUUGACGCAAAAUUGUGGUAAAUCUAAGAGUAAACUGCAUAUAAACUCGGGAAUAGAGGGCGGAAGUUAUGCAUCGGUGGGAGAGUUUCCGUGGCAGGCGUUGUUGGCCGAGUGGAUCGAUGACCAAUGGGACGACCAGUGCGGGGCCACUAUUGUCGCCGACCAAUGGAUCCUAACAGCGGCUCAUUGUUUACUCGGCAGUCAUAAUAAAAGCGAUUAUUUGGUUCGCUUAGGGGUUCACAAUCGGUCAGCACACGAGCCCUCGGAAUAUGAUUUCUCUGCCAGUCUUUUGGUAGAGCACCCGGAGUGGAAUAUGGCUAAAGUGGCCAACGAUAUAGCGCUUAUCAAAUUGAAUGAAACGUUAGAUUUCAAUGGAAAACACAAACACUUAGAACCCAUAUGUGUGCCAAAUAAAGCCACUAAAGUGUCCGAUAAAUAUUACGAGAGACCGGAUUUACUGAAGAAACUGAAUCAACCAAUAAUUGACUCAAACAUAUGUGCGAAGAGAUAUUCAAGUAUUUAUAACGACACGAUUGAAGUCUGUACUCGAGCUGACAGUCAGGGAGUGAGCGGUGUAUGCAGUGGUGACUCCGGCGGACCCCUUAUCUGUCCGGGAAGUGAUGGCAAGUGGUAUCAGUUAGGGGUCACGUCUUAUAGCGCCGGCAGUUGUAAUCACGACCACUUGGAAGAUGUCUUCUCAAGGGUUACCACUUAUAAUGAUUGGAUUCAGAAAGCAAUGAUCAUGAGACACAUCAUCGAUGAUGGUGACGCUGAAUUGGUUGAGUUGUGCGGCGGGACUAUUAUCAAUGAACAAUGGAUUCUGUCGGCCGCCCACUGUCUCAAUGAUAGCGACGAUCUCAACACAUACGAAGUGUGGUUGGGUUACCUUAAUCUGGACCAAACCGAUGGCUCGCAAUCCAAACAUAAAGUGAAAACCUGUAAGGGCACCGAUGGUCUGUGGUAUGAGGUGGGCAUCACUUCAUACGGUGUUGGCUGCGCUGAACUCGAAUGGCCAGAUGUGUUCACACGUGUGGCCGGAUUUGAUGAGUGGAUUCAAAAAGCCAUUCAAUAUAUAGACGGAGACGGAGACACUCGUGGUGAGUUUCCGUGGCAGGCGAUUGUCAAGAGAUACUUUACAAAAGGCGGCGAAUCAUUCGCCGAGUGGUGCGGCGGCACUGUUCUCGACCAACAAUGGAUUCUGACGGCCGCCCACUGCCUGGCCAUGGGAUCCAAUCCCGACAAAUACGAGGUUAUGUUGGGUUACAUCAGUCUCGACAACAAAGAUGGCAAGGAAUCCAACCAUAAAGAUACUCUUGAUUUUAAUGGGAAAGACAACAAUUUACAGCCCAUAUGCAGGGCUACAGAGACUACUAAAUUGACUGACAAUUGUAUAGCGACUGGUUUUGGAUAUUUAAACAAAGAGGGUCCGCAGGCAAAGAUCCUUCAGAAAGUGUCCGAACCAUUGAUGGACACCAAUAAAUGUCGGUUAGUGUUUACGCGAGUAAACCCUGAGACCAAUGUAUGCGGUGGUGGAAGUGGUGGGAGCGGCACCUGUCAGGGUGAUUCUGGUGGACCACUACAGUGUAAGGGCACCGAUGGUCUGUGGUAUGAGGUGGGCAUUACUUCAUAUGGUGUUCCCUGCGCUGAACCCGGAUAUGCAGAUGUGUUCACUCGUGUGGCCGUUCUUUGCGCCGAUUAUUGCGAGAAAACUGAGUUUAACGAUUGCGAUGGCUCUCAGAAUUGCGGCAAAUCUCAGGCCAGAGGUGUGGACACGGAUUUUAGUAUAAGAGAUGCUGUGAAUACAAUGUCGGGUGAGUUUCCGUGGCAGGCGCUCAUCGCGACGCCGGGAGGCAAAGACAUUUGCGGCGCCGCUAUAAUCAACGACAAUUGGGUUCUCACCGCCGCUCACUGUGUCGUCUUUAUUGACGACUUUUCCGGUUUUACCGUUAAGUUAGGCAUUCAUAACCGCAAAGAGGGCGCCGAUACUAACAUUAAAAUCAAAAAGAUUGUAGUGCACCCGGAGAACGACGUGGGAAUGGUUACUAACGAUAUAGCGUUACUCCAAUUGAAGGACAAACUGGACUUCAACGGCAAACACAAACAUUUGGCGCCCAUUUGUUUGGCCACCGCAGACACCGAACUGACCGACAACUGUGUGGUCACCGGUUUUAGUCUCUCUGAUACCAAGAAGAAACAAGUGUUGCAAAAGUCGAGUCAACCCAUUAUUGACACCCAAAUGUGUGCCGAUGUUUACGAUCCGAUGUAUUCGUGGAAUAUAGACAACGAGUAUUGUGUUGGCGACACCUCUAGAGGUUUUAGAAAUUGUGUGGGCGAUGGGGGCGGACCCCUCCAGUGCCUGUCCAAUGAGGGCGCGUGGAUUCUGGCCGGCAUUAACUCGUACGGACCCGACCCGUGCGGCAAACCCGGCGAACCCGAUGUCUAUACAAAGAUUAUCAAAUACGACGAUCUCGUGAUUCCCAAUGAUAUCGCUUUACUUAAACUGAGCGAAACAUUAGAUUUCAAUGACAAACAUAAAACACUUGCACCCAUUUGUCUCCCAAAACCAACCACUAAACUCACUGACGAUUGUAUGGCCACUGGUUUUGGAUACAUAGACAAUGAUGGUCACAGACCUGAUAUACUACAGAAAGUGAAGCAAAAUAUUUUCGAUUCAAAUGAAUGUAAAAAGUUAUAUGACUUCGUGAACACAACGGCUGAGGUGUGCGCUAAGGGGAGGGCGAGUACUGAUAUCUGUGAGGCC